CGCCCAACCGAACCUCAAAAAAACUCGAGCUUCUUCGCGCUCUCGCCCAUCUCGAUUCUCACCCCCAAGACCCAAGCAUUGAGAUUGUCCGUACCAAUCAUACAGUAUGGCUACACAACAAAGCCCCUUCGGAUCCACCUUGAAAACCUCUCUCCCCUCCGCAUACGCCGCCGUCAACGCAGAACAGUUGGUCGGCCCAUCCCACCUACCAUCAACGGAGGAGCAGGAAAAGUACCUAUCAGGUCGACCUCGAGCAACUCCACAGCACCUGGGAGUUGCCCUCCAACAUGCGCACCAGAUCCAGGCUCAAAAAGAUGCCGAGAACAUGAUCCUAGAUCAGAUUAUCGAACUACUUUCGCUACCCUCCUCUCCAACCGCCAACCCAGCCGCGCCUUCGGCUGCCGAUGCCGAUGCCUUCAAAUCCGCCCUCCGUAUCUUCGGAACCGGCGACUACGAUAGUUUAAUCAUGGAACGGAAUAACGAGGGACUAUGCGGCUACGGUCUCUGCCCGCGCGAGUUUCGCAAUCAAAGAGGGAAGAAUCAAAUGUUUCAAUUCAAAUGGGGGGCAAAAGGCAGUGGACCCGGUGGUCGAGGGCGCAGCAUGGACAUCGUGCCUCGUGAAAAGUUGGAGAAGUGGUGCUCCGAUGAGUGCGCAGAGAGAGCUCUGUUCAUUCGCGUACAACUCACUGAGCAACCCGUGUGGGAGAGGCGAGGUGGUGAGGGCCGCAGCACGGGCAUCGAGCUACUGGAAGAAGCCCGUGCUAGACGGCCAAAGCGAAGGACCGAGGGCUCUACAUCCGCAGCAGCCGUAGCAGCGGACCUGAAUAAGUUGAAUAUUCAAGAUCCCGAGCGCGCGCAGGAACUCGCUAUGGAACGCGGAGACACAAGUCGGCCAUUCCGCGGGGGGCGUGUGGAUGUCCAAAUCAAGGAAAAGGAACAAAGCAGCACUCCAUCCGCCAGUGCGCCACAAUGGCGGCCGGAGGAUGCCAAAGGUGGCUCGAUCGAGGGAUAUGUUCCCCAGGAUCGACGAGACAAGGACGCAAUGGACCUGGACCAGGGCGAUUUGCUUGACCAAAUCUAGAGCGGAUGGCGCAUAGGCCACGGCAUGUUUUGCGGCGUUCCGGGCGAUUCUACAGUACUAGUUCUAUACCCUUAAAGCAUAUGAUAUAAUACCACACGCAGCAUGAAUAUAGGGAGAAUUCUACGCAACAACCAGAGAAAAUAGGAUCUUCGACAGCAAGACGAGGGAGGGCAGUCAUUGCGUAGUCGUGACCACUGGUCGAGACUCUCGAACUCAAGUUCGAGAGCUCCUACGUAGUUUGAUUCUCGAGGGAAACAGAGUUCCACCCAAGAGCAAGCACGCGAAGGACAAGUAAUUGGCAAUCAAGCGUCAUCUCCAUCUGGAGAAUCGGCGACA